AUGUGCGCGUUGAAAUUAAGUGCGGAAACGAAAGACGUUUCAUCGGCAAAGUCUGACGACGGAGAUAAGAAUUCUAUGGAUCAUCUACGUCGUCAAGAUACGGACGGCUCACAUAAUAUAAUCCACAUGUUGGAUUAUUUUAAUUUCCGUAAUCAUAAAUGUAUUACGUUUGAGCUGUUAAAUAUCAAUCUCUAUGAGCUUAUAAAGAAGAAUAAAUUCCAAGGAUUCAGUCUUAUGGUGAGCAAUUGGACAGUGUUGGUGAUCGAUAUGCGCACUGCUUGA